UGCUGAAAUGAUACAAAAUUUAGAGCGCGGAACGCGUGCGAGCCAGACAGUCGGUAUUUUAUUUUUAUCGGAAAAAUAAAUAAAAGAGAAAAUUUUUAACGGCAAAUAGUAGUGGCAAACGUGUCCUGUCUCGAAAAGAAAAAUCUCGCAGAAAAAACCGAGUGAACAAAAAAAAAACAUUUUUUAUGAGAUAAACACCGCAAUUCCAUAUAACUAACAAACCGAUUCAAGUAACUCACUCAGUUGAGAAGCGUGAGGAACUAACAAACCUUUUCGUGAUUCAUCAUCUUCUAUUAUUUUUCUGAGUUAUCUCGUGUUUUGACGACAAUAAACGCAUUGAUAAGACACUGAGUCACCUUGGAGCGAUAAAAACUGCAUCAAAAAAAUAAAUUAAAAUGUUGAACAAAUUCCGAAAUAGUUGCAAAAGUAGUAGUAAUAAGUCGAAAGAAAUGCCAAAGACAAGCAAAAAAGAGAUAAUUGAUCAAAGUGCGACACUUAUGGCCAUUCAAAAUAAUGGCGGUAGCAAGAAAAUCAGUGGUGCGACACAAGAUCAAAGAAUACUAAAUUUGGAUUAUGGACGAUGGGAGAAACGCCUACAGAAAGAACUCAUGUCGUUAAUAAAAGAGCCACCGCCUGGCGUGACUGUGGAUGCGGAUAGUGUUAGUCAGAAUUUAUCACAAUGGGUAGUCAAUAUAGAUGGUGUCGAGGGAACACUUUACGAGGGCGAACACUUUCAAUUAUCUUUUAAAUUUAACAAUCGGUAUCCGUUUGACUCGCCAGAGGUUACGUUCAUCGGCCAGAAUAUCCCAAUCCAUCCACAUGUCUACAGUAAUGGUCAUAUUUGUCUUUCUAUUUUGACGGAUGAUUGGUCUCCGGCAUUAUCGGUUCAAUCUGUUUGUCUGAGUAUUUCGUCGAUGUUAAGCAGUUGCAGAGAGAAGAAGCGACCGCCUGAUAACACAAUUUACGUAAAGACGUGCAAGAAAAACCCGAAAGAGACUAAAUGGUGGUAUCAUGACGAUUCCGUGUAGUUACGCACUAAAAAAAUCGCCUAAAUUCUGCCACAGCUUCCUCCUUCCUCAAUAAAAAAAAAACCCAAACACUUAUCAAGCAACUAACAGCUACAAAGGAAAAUAUCACUAAUCGAUAAAUCAAUAAAAUAUCGAGCUAAAUACUAGUAAAAGAACGCAAUAUUAUUCAAAAAAAAAAAAAUA